AUGAGCAACAGUAGUAAUAUUCUGCAGCCGUCUCAGCCUGCCAUCUUCGUGGAGGAUAGCAGUGGGAAUAUAGAUACAUUCUCCCUGAUAGGCUCGCUGCCCCUACUAUUCGUCAAGACCAUCCUAAUUGGAAUCCCCCUCUUGCUUCUCUACGCAACGGCACAACGAAAAACUGCAUCCAGUCUCCCGCCGUUCCGAUGGCUUAUACAGCGUAUCAACGCCUGGCAGUAUCUGCUCUGGGGACCCAGUAUAAUCCAAAGGAAGUUUGACACUGCCAAAGGGGAGCCCUUUGAGGUCUUAGCCCCUGAUACGCGAUAUGUCUUUGUCUCAUCAGAGAAGCAUAUCAAUGAGCUUGAUACGGCGCCAGAUACGGUGCUUUCUCUUCAAGCCGCGUCAAAACAGAUGCUACAGCCUGUCUACACCAUGCAUGGCUUCAACUGGUUUGACCGGCGCGGCACGGAAGGCGUUGGGUUCAUCCGUGCUCUCCGAACGCUGUUAACCAAUAACCUCCCUCGUAUCCUACCCGAGGUUGGUUACCUGGUACGGAGGCGGCUCUCCAAGUUACACUCGGAGAGUCCCAUUCAAAAUGGAUCCAGAGUAUCGGCUAUUUACCCGAUGAUAGUAAACAUAGUUGUGCUGGCCAACGCGGUUUCAUUCUUCGGGAAGGACAUAGCAAAAAAUGAGAGCUUUAUGGUUUCUGCUCUUGCAUAUGUUGAAGAAACUUUGAUUUGCGCCGAAAUAGUGCGCCUGACGCCGAAGUUUCUUUCUCCUCUCAUCGGUGGAAUCAUCGCGCACAGACUUCACUCGCACCAGAAGAUAUUUGAUACUUUGCUUCAAAUUGCCGAAGAGCGGUGUCAGGAGAGGGACCUGAAAAAUCUAGGACAUCAAGUUCCCAAGCAUGAUGAUUGUAUUCAAUGGAUCAUGGAGACGUCGCCACGAAAGAACCCUUGGACGGCAAAGCGAGUAGUUCACGAAGUGAUGGCUAUUUGGUUUGGCUCAGUUCAUGCUUUAUCAACCACAAUAACAUUCGCUAUUCAUGACUUAUCCUUACACCCCGAGUAUGUUGAGCCUCUCCGCAAUGAGCUUUCGACCUCCUACGAGGCUUUUGAGCGUACUGGAGACGGUCUCCCGCUCCUCGAUAGCUUUAUCAAAGAGUCGGCCCGUUUGACCCCCGUUGAAUCAAUGAGCACACGCCGAUCUGCUUUGAAGCCAUUUAUCAUUUCCGAUGGGACGAAGCUUGCUCCAGGUGAUUGGGCUUGCACACCCGUUCGAGCCAUUAUGCAGAAUGCCGACCUUUAUCCUUCACCCCUCGAUUUCCAGGGAUUCCGCUUUGUAGAUAAAGAAACUCUUGAGCAACUCAACAUUGACGCGAAGGUCACUCAAUCAAAGCCUUCGAGCCUGACUACUGUUGACAACACCUGGCAUGUCUGGGGAACUGGGCGAAUGGCUUGUCCCGGCAGGUUUUAUGCCGCAGCAAUCAUGAAGGUCAUCGUUUCGCAAAUGCUACUUAAUUAUGAUUGCGAGCUUGUUGAGAAAGAGAGUUCACGUUGGUUUACCUGGCGUUCCAGCAUGCUCCCGAAGCCCAGUACCACUGUCGUUCUCACGCAUAGAACCGAGGAGAAAUCGAUGGCUACUUUGGUUACCUAGCUAUGUAAUAAUGCGAGAUUUAUGAUAGGGCAUCGUGGGAAAGGAGUGCUUCGUAUUAUUGAUAAGGUUGGUAGCUCUUAGCUUGGGGUAGACGUAGUUCAAAUCAGCUGGCAGAUUUCUAUCCUUUUCUUAGAUAUGUCAAAGUUGUCGACUGGGUAUCUAGUGAAUACUUGUCCCCAGAGGCUUUUCUACAUAUUAGGGUAGGAGGCGUCCUAUAAGCGCUAUAUUUCACUUGAAUGCUCUUCAUGGUCCCCGACCUUGUAGUCCCCGAACUACCAACGUUCUCGCUAGGUACAUCAUCAUGCAAUGACAGGCUGCGUAGCAAAUGUCAUUCACCGCCAGCAUUGUAAUAUAUCAAACAGCCUUUGGACUUGCGUCAUUAAGUUUUGCAAAGCUCCGAUAUUGCACCGUUUUCAAAGGAGGUUGGUGAAGGGUAUGUACAAGAGGGGGAGAGAAGGAAUGGCGAUCCCCGUUCUGUUGGUAACACUGCAUAUGUAGUAGAAAGAUGCUCCUACUUGAUCAUUCAUACCUGUUAGGACCAUAUAUGUCAGGGUU